UCGCAUUCGCAUUCGCAGUCGCAUCCGCAAUCGCAAUCCGCUAAAGUCCGCGCUUUCAAUCGCCAGUCAAUCAACCAUGGAUAUCUCCGCCUACCAGCACAUGAACAUCCGGAUGAGCACCCGCGGCAAGCGACCGCUGAGGAAUCUCACGCCCAACGAUAAGGUGCGCGCCAUACAGCGCAUCCACAAUGGCGAGACGAAGGCCAGUGUUUCGCGGGACAUCGGAGUGCCGGAGUCCACGCUGCGCGGCUGGUGCAAGAACGAGCAGAAGCUGCGCUUCAUGUGCCGCCAGCUGGGUCCCGAUCAUCACCUGGGACUCGAUACGCCGCCCGAGAAGCGGGCCAAGUUCGAGCUGCAGCUCCAGUUGCCGCCAAAGUUUGUGGCCCUGCCGCCGAACUAUGAGGAGCUGGGCUUCGGAGCUUUGCCCUAUUCCCCCUCAGAUUAUCCGGUGCAGGGAGGCGAUUCCCUCCUCGAGAAACUGAGCCUGGUGGAGUUCGUGAAAAAGACAGGCGGCCUGCAUCCGGAGGCAGUGCAUCCCAGUCAGCCUGGAGUGAUGGAUUACUCCAAUAAUAUGCUGCACCAGCUGAAUCUGCUGGCCUUGCUCAACUCCAAACUAGCCCCUCAGACUGCCGAAGUUCUGCCAGUGGAAGCUGGACAAGCACCUUCCAUCACAAAGGAGGAAAACAACAAAUUGGUUGAUUCCGAGGAUUACAGCAAAAGCAACAACUAUCCCCUGCUGAGUGUCAAGAACUGGGCCAAAGAUCCGGCCAAGCGGGUGAAUCAGCCGGAGCCAGUCAACGAUAAGAACAACAAUGCGGUGGAGGACAAGACUCCUAUGUUCCCGGAAACUACACCACUGCCCUUACUGCCAGCUCCCUUCCCGAAUCCCGCGGAUCUAGCGCCUGUGAUAGCACCAGUCACUCCUCCGGUCGGUGGUGCCACGCCCACUGCUGCUGGUGGAGGAGCCACCGAUGGCCAAGGAGCCGCUCUGCUCGAUUGGUGCAAACUCUUCAAUGCCAGCCUGAAUUUCCUGGCCUUUGCAGCGGCCGCAGCAUCCAUGCAACCCGGCGGCGGCAACGGAGGAAGUGCACCCAAUCCCAACCAGAUGGUUAAUGGGGGAUCCGAAUCCGAUCUGGACAUCUCAACAUCAUAUCCCUUCAACGAAGCGCUAAUGAAGCGCCUGAGUCCCCUGGCCCACAGUGAGGCCUCCAACGAGAGCUACUGUGACAGCGAGCCGGAGGAUCUGUCCGUGCGAUCCUGCGCCUCCAAGGCCUCCAGCAGAUCCCACACACCCGACAAGAGCAUCGGCUCCAGCGAUGCCGAACAGUAGACACCCCUUCUAGUUCUAGUUCUAGCUGCUAAUUUCUAGUUCAUAGUGUAAAUACCUCCAUUUUUAAUUGUUAAUAGCCACCUUAAGUAUUUAUGAAACACGAAUCAUUUCGCAACGCAAAUGCCAUUUGUACUUAUCAAUUAAUGUAUUAAUAUCAAUGCAACAGGUAUUAAUAGAUCAGCAUACUAUAUAUAGAGCCUAGUGUUAACUAGAAAUAUCGACUGUGUGACUCUUGUUUGAAAACCAAAUUCAAUUCAUCUACACUUAUAAUAACAGAUACUAAUUGUGUUAAGUAGCUUAAUUAUUUGGCCCGUUCGUCAGCCACUCCAAUCGAUUUGUUUUCGUACUGCUGUAAUCUCCGUAACUCUUAAUAAGCAUAUAAACUAAUUACUAAUGAAACGAAUAAAUAUUUAUUAACAAAACAGAAAUAAAAUUAA